AUGCGGACGCUUUGUCCACUCGCAUUGUUGACUGCGGCCACAGCUUUUCUUUGUCUCCGAUGGCGAUCUGAGGGCCACCUGGCAGCAAGGCACAAUAUUGCCAAUAUGAAGGCGGACUACCGGGCGUGUCUGAGUGUUGAAACAUUUCAUGCAAUGGUUUUGCCAACCCGACCUAACCCUAAGGCGCGCGCGCUGGUAUGA